AUGGACAAGCCAGGACCUAGUAAAAAACGCGAAUUAAGAAAGCAAAAAAUGUUGUCUUUAAAACGGGAGCUUAUUGGUCAGCAAGCUUUGUUUACAAAACCCAUUCAAGAUUCAGACACAGCUACAGAAGUUAGUUAUGAAAUUACUCGAAUGAUAGCAAAGCGAAGUCACCCCUUCAAUGAUGGGGAUUUUGUAAAAGAAUGCAUAGAAAUUGCCGCUAAGAAAAUGUGCCCAGAAGCAGCAAAAAAGUUUGAGAAAAUUCAACUGAAUCGUAUGACUAUCCAAAGACGAAUUAUGUCUUUGUCAGCAGUCGACGAAUCCACUGAUAUUAGUUCCACAGCUCAACUUCUCAUAUUCAUACGAGGUGUUACUCAAGAUUUUGAAGUCUUAGAAGAGUUAUUAGGAAUGUGUUCAUUGAAAGGUCAAACCAGAGGAGUUGAUAUACUCAAUGUACUUUUGGAUGAGUGUUCAAAAACUAAUUUGGACUCAUCAAAAUUAUCGGGAGUUGCGACUGACGGUGCUCCUUCGAUGAUUGGUGUGGCUAAGUCGUGGAUUGACACUGGAACGAUUUCUAAAUUUAAUAGAAGAAAUUGGAAUAUUUCUGGCGGAAAAGCAAAGGGAUGUCCAGGAACUUAA